UAAGUCUUCCCUCGAAGUGUUUCGAGUUUCUACCAGGAAACAGGAAGUGAGAAGUGAAUUCAGAACUUCUGUAAUUAAAGCAGCGAGGGAGACGUCUUCAUGAAUAAAGUCUGUUUUAUUGCAGAAGUGUUCUGACGUGGACUGACCCAGGUACGGCAGAACCGACCCGUGCCCGGUUGAGAGCAGCAUGGCGGCUUUGGUCUGAACACUGAGUCAAUUUGCUGUUUGUUGCGUCGCCGUGUUGCAGUGAGUGGGUGCAGCUGCGGCGGCUGUUUGACUCUGCGGUCGACAGGGGAAGAAGAAAGACGCUGCUGCUGCCCCCCCGCUGCACACUCACUUCCUCAAAGAGGGAGGGGAGAGACAGAAGGAAGCCAUCUUGGGCACUUUGUGACAUGUUUGUCCCAUAUCUGGCGCUGGUUCCUGCAGACGGACAGACGGAAGGAGAAACRAGUUACUGAAGGAAUUGGAAACUGAACUCCGAAGAUCUGCGGUGUUUCCUCUGAUGUUGCUCUGAGCGCCGAGUUCGGCUGGACAGACGCAGGAUGAGUUCGGUUCCCCAGAGGUCGGUGGUGAUGGGCUGGAGCCCACAGCAGCUGGCCGACUACCUGAAGCGGAUGAACCUCCCCGGCUGUGAUAAGGUGGUYCUGAAGAACUCCAUCAGCGGCUCCAGGUUUGUGAACCUGACRGACAACGACCUGCAGAAGUUCCCCAAGCUUCACGCUCCGAUGAUUUCUAAGAUCAGCAAUGAAAUCUACAAAAAUGAGAAGAAAGGCGGCUUGUUUUCUAAAAAGUCGACUCCUAAGUAUCAUGAACCAGAGAUGAACGUUGAUGGAGGAUGGGGCGAAGACGAGUUUCCAGCUCUGUGUCCCCGCCCCCCCACCUCACUGUCUGCACCCCCGUCCCGCAUGCCUGGAGAGUCCAGAAGAGACCCGUCUCCUCACGGACGACCGCCAGGAAACCUUCCCGCAGGGCCUCCCAAGGUGUGUCGCGACAUCAAACCUGGACGUGAGUCACGAAACACCCAGUCCCCCAUCAGAGGACAUCAGAUCAACUCAGCGGACAGACCUGCUGCACAGUCCUGGAGGACACCGGCGGACGCAUCGGAACCGCCCAGGUCCAAACCUCCGGUUCUUYCUCCUCCCUCCUCCUCCGUCAGCAGGAGCAACUCCUCUGCCAGAGUAGCGCCCCCUAGCAGGUUCGAUGGACACAGAGAGCAGACACAAGAUGUCCCUAAACACAACACGUUCCCUCUUCACAAGAAUCUGCCGCCGCGCCCYGGGAUCCCCGGGCCCCCGCCRCAGCAUGCCGCCAGGUCAGCCUUCACUUCUACUCACCCGUCUCACCAGAAGGUCAUUACUGCGCUCACCUCCAACCGCCAGCAGCCUGAACGGAUCAGGAAGUGA